AGGGGGGUGGGCGGCCACAGCCCCGGAGCCGCCACAGCCCCGGAGCUCCGAAAGCCGCGGAGCCGCCACAGCCCCGCCAGCCCGCCGCGCUCAGCAAAGGGAGGCGAUGUUGAUGCUGGACUGCAGUUUAGAGUCUGGUAGUUUCAGCAAUCUGUUUGAGGCAGGAACCGGUGUGAACGCACCUGCAGAUGCCUUUGGUCAGUCUCCAGCUCACUUGGCUGCUUGUGGUGGUGAAGCUUUUUUCCUACUUUGGCAACUACAGACAGGAGCAAAUUUGAACCAACAGGAUUGCCUUGGAGAAGCCCCAAUUCAUAAAGCAGCAAAAGCUGGAAGUUUGGAAUGUCUCGCUCUCCUUGUUGCUGGUGAUGCCAAAAUUGACUUGUGCAACAACAGUGGACAGACAGCAGCAGAUCUUGCACUUGCUUAUGGCUUUCUGGAAUGUGCCAAGUUCCUCACCACAAUUCAGCACACUCAGACAAUGAAACUGAAAGGACGGUGUGGCUACUUGCUAAGUGACAAACAUGGCUUGCUGAGAGAGGAUCCAACUGCACAGAAACAAGAAAGUAAAACCAGCAGAUCCAUAAGCAGGAAGAGGAGAAGAUCAGAUGAUGACAGAUCUUGUUUCCUUGCUGCCAGAAGAAACAGCCUGUAAUCCCAACAUGAAAUAUGGGGAAUCCAAAGUCUGAAGAAACAUGACUGGAUGAUACAUUGAGCAGCCAGAUGUGUAUGCUGGGACAUUGUCUCCUUCUGAGAAGGAGGAAAGCUUGUUUAUUGUUACUUCUUACAGAAGAAUGUUGUGGUUCCCCCCCCAAUAGUUGUAUUCAUACAGCUAUAAAUAAAUGAGCAUGUGACAAUUAA